AUGAUUAACCAAAAUCAACAAGUCAAAUUGGGACCUUUCUUACGUUUGAAUAACGAGGAGUUAAGCAGGUCAAGCUCUUCCGAAUUUGAUGAAACCACCGGCUUAUUACCAAAGCCGGAUGAAGAUGAUAACGAAGAUAUUGAAGUAGAAACCAUUGAAGAUCCAACACCAUUCCGUCGAGGUCAUGGACGUUCAGCUCAAGAAUUAAGUCCAGUUAGAAUAGUAAAAAAUCCCGAUGGUUCUCUGGCACAAUCAGCCAUGAUGCAAUCAGCUUUAGCCAAAGAGCGGCGAGAGUUGAAACAACAGGCAAGAGACGCUGAGAUAGAAGGAGCUCCUUCAGGCUUGAAUAAAAAUUGGAUCGACCCAAUGGAAGAAAAUGAAAGUCGUGGACUAGCAGCAAAUGCUAGAUCAUCAAACAGUGUCCCUGAAUUACCUGAAUGGAAAAAGCAUAUAAGCGGUGGGACGAAAGCAUCGUAUGGUAAAAAGACUCAAUUGUCCAUAAUCGAGCAGAGAGAAAGUCUUCCCAUCUUCAAGUUGAAAGAUGAACUGAUCAAGGCAGUUGCAGAUAAUCAAAUCUUAAUUGUUAUCGGUGAAACGGGUUCAGGUAAAACGACACAGAUCACUCAGUAUCUCGCCGAUGCAGGUUAUAUUUCUCGAGGUAAAAUUGGCUGUACUCAACCAAGAAGAGUGGCUGCAAUGUCGGUUGCCAAACGUGUCGCUGAAGAGUUUGGUUGUCGAUUGGGACAAGAAGUUGGUUAUACUAUUCGUUUCGAGGAUUGUACAAGCCCAGAGACUUUAAUUAAAUACAUGACAGACGGAAUGUUACUUCGUGAAUGUUUAAUUGACUCCGAUUUAAAUGGUUAUUCAAUUAUCAUGUUGGACGAGGCUCAUGAACGGACAAUUCAUACCGAUGUUUUAUUUGGAUUAUUGAAACAGGCGGUUAAAAAAAGAUAA